AUGCCCUUGGAGAAGCCAGCUGAAAUUGGUGUCCUGGUUGGCAAAGACCGGGGAAGUAUGUUCGUGAAUGGGCUGACAAUCGGGGGCCAGAAAUGUUCUGUGAUCCGGGACUCGCUGCUGCAGGACGGGGAACAUAGCAUGGAUCUUCGUACCAAGAGCACUGGGGGAGCCCCCACCUUCAACAUCGGUAUCGCCAUGACUGCCAAGGCGCUAGUCCUGCUGAUGGGCAAAGAAGGUACCCACGGUGGUACGCUCAACAAGAAAUGUUAUGAAAUGGCCAGCCACCUGCGGCGUUCCCAGUACUGACCUCGUCUUUACCCUCCCUCUACCACUCCACACUGCUUUGGCACUCUCCUUCCCAUACACACACAUAUACCAUUUUUAUUUUUUGGGCCAUUACCCUAUACCCCUUAUUGCUGCCAAAACCACAUGGGCUUGGGGCCAGGGCUGGGCGGAAGACACCUCCCCUUACCCAUACCCCUCCCGUGUGUGGUUGGAAAAAAAUUUUUGUUUUUUUCUGAAUAAAAAAGAUUCUAACAA